UAUAAAAAAAUAGCUUUUGGUUCACUUGAUCUAUAUGUAUUAUAUCCGGCAGCAUCAUCAGCGGAUGAUGAUAAAGCAUUAGCAAUUUUACAGAAAAUUCCAAUUCGUGAUCAACAACCAUCACCCUCGAUAAUACCUCUUCAUCAUUGGUAUUCAUCAUGUACACUUCUUGUUUGGACACCAACAUCUAAAUCAACUAAAGAUAAUUUAGUUCGCAUUCUAUAUACUGGUGCAUGUCCCCAAACUCUUGUCUUCGAAGCAUUAGCAAGAGGUCGUCAUCUAGAAUUUUUACAUGAAUCUCAACAACCACAGUCAACAAUUAGAGCUGGUAGUGUUAAACCAACAUCUUCUAACAAUCUUAAUGCAAAUACUAAACAUCCAUUACAAAAACCAAGACCAAGUUCUUCAGCAUCGAAUGGUGAAGCAACAAAAAAUCUUUCUCGCCCGGUUACUUCUAAACCAAAACCAUCGUCAGUUACAACUAUAAAAUCCGAUAAGCCUCGAUCAGCACCGGCUGCAACAACAACAACAGGAAAGAAAACUUCUUCUCCAAUAGCUGGAAGAUCUACUCAAGCAAUUAAUAAAGAUAAAAAGACACAGAAUUCUCAUGAUAAAAAUACUACAAUAAUUAAUCAAACCGAUACUCAAGAACAAUCGAAUAAGGAAAAUGAAGAACAAUCGAAAGAAAUAGACACAUCAUCUGAUAUUAUUCAACAGACUGAUGAAAUAUCACGUCCAGAAUCAGUUUCAUUUACUAAUGAUACUGAUGAACCUUUUGUUGAAAGCAAUACAACAACACCAAUUGAUGAAACAAAUACACAUUUAAUAUCUACUGAUCCUAUGACAAUAAGUUUUGUUGAUGGAGCCCCUAAUACUCGAAAUCCAUUUCUUGAUCAAAAUGAUAAUAUGGAAAUUAUUCAUCAUAAUACAUUAACAUCAACGAAAAAUCCAAUGCCAUCCAUUGAUGAAAUUAAUCCUCAAGCAUUACCAAUUGAUGAUGAAAAAAAAUCAACAACCAAAAAACCAACUGCCCCAAUAGUACCAACUAGUCAUACACGUAAAUCAAAACAAACACAACCAUCCGGUCCAAUAUUUUAUGUUGAUGUUGCUUAUAUUCCAUAUCAUGGCAAUGAACACUAUGUUGAUAGUGAAUUUUUUCGUCGUGUACGUGCUCGUUAUUAUGUAUUAAAUGCUGUAGAAAUCAAUCGACUUACAUUGGAAUCUUUAAUUGAUGGAAAACAACAAUGGGAUAAACAAGAACAUAUACCGGUAACACUUGUACCAACAUUUGAUGGUGAUCAAUUACGACAAUUUUUUGUUAUGAAUAAAAUUCGUUUAGCUGAACUUAAUAUUAAUAUACUUCCAGCGUCAACUCGGUGUAAUGUGCAAUAUGAUGAUGAAGGCUCACCUGCACAACGAUUACGUUUCAGUAAUGAGCAAUAA